AUGAAGAAUGAAGUGGAUAUUAAUGGCGGUUCUGUUGACCCAUCAAGGAAUGAGGAAGCAAAGAAAGGUUGGAGAAAAGUAUUAGAACAAAUAGAGAGUUGGAUGGUUCACGAAGACAUGGAGGAUAAAUGGUUGGAACAAAUGAGAGGAAAUUUGGGCUUAAUAGCAACAAUUAUCACAACAAUGACAUUUCAAACAGGUCUUAAUCCACCUGGCGGCAUUAGGCCGGUUAAAGAUGACGGAGUUACGCGAUGUAUCUUCAUCCAAAACGUACAACAAUGUCCGGGUGAAACUGUCUUGGGCGUUUUACAUCCAAGUGAUUAUAUUUUGUACAUUUAUUCGAACACUAUAUGUUUUAUUUCUUCACUAUGUGUUUUAUUUUUGCUUGUGAGUGGAAUUCGUUUGAAUCAUAGGUUUCCGAUUGGGAUUUUAUCAGUUGGGAUGUGUCUCACUCUCACAAGUCUUGUUGUGACUUACAUAACUGCACUAAGAAUGCUUACCCCAGAUGUUGUUUGGGGUGAAGAAAAAAAGUUAAUAAAACUAUUGUAUAUUAUUUCGGCUGGAAUGUUGUUGUUCUUGGCCUUGUUCCUCACACUACGUAUCACUAUUUGGGGAGUCAAUGUUUUCAGCAAAAAGAAAAAGAACUCCCAAGUUUUAGAAUAG